CAACUGGUCACGCAGGCUACAGGUAGCCCACACCACCAAACCUGUCAAAUUCCACGGACUCUUGUCACUCUGAUCACCUGGAUUUCUGGGGCAGGCCUCUGAUUGUGGGCACACCAGGGGUGGACGCUGACGAGGGGUUGCCACACCUCUCAGUGGGUGAUUUUCUCCAUGCCAACCUAUAUACUCAUACCUUUCUGUGCCACCAUAACCUCAGCACCUCACGAUGUUAAGCCUCAUCAAACUACCUCGCGGCUUAACAAUCAAUCAGGUUCCCAAAGUGUUUCAUGAGAAGGGGAUCAUAUCGGGGUACCGGCACCCCCACAGCUCAGCCAGAGAUUGUGUCCUUAGCAUCUUCCAACUGACCAAUGAGACCCUCAACAUCUGGACACAUUUCCUCCCCAUAUGGUUCUUCCUGUGGAAGCUGCUGACGGUUGCCUGGGCGAUGGAGGAGGGAGAGCGCGGCCUGCGCUCCUGGCCUCUGCUGGUGUUCCUGGCGUCCUGCUGCGUGUACCCGCUGGCCUCCAGCUGUGCCCACACCUUCAGCAGCAUGUCCGUCAGGGCGCGACACAUCUGCUUCUUCUUCGACUACGGUGCAAUCAGCCUGUACAGUCUCGGGUCAGCAGUGGUCUACUCUUCAUAUGCAUUCCCUGAGAAGUGGGUAAACAGCACAUUUCACCACUGGUAUGUCCCCAUCGCUGUCCUUAACUCAGUCAUCUGCACUGCUCUGGCCUGCUGCUCCAGAUUAGGCUUGCCGUUUAUUCACUACAACGCAGAAACAAUUAAAGGUGUGCCGGACUAUCAAGGUACAAAGCUGAAGCCUCUUCGUAUUAUGGCCUUUGCAUACCCUUAUUAUUACGAUAACAUCCCGUUAUUUUACAGAUUAUUUGUGUGUGUUGGUGAGGGCUGCACAGACAACGAGGCCAACGGUGUUCAUCAUCAGCACAUAGCUCUGGCCUUCCUCACUGGCUUUCUCUUCGCCACUUGUCUGCCAGAGCGGCUGGCUCCAGGGAGUUUCGACUACAUAGGGCAUAGUCACCAGCUGUUUCACGUGUUUGCUAUUGCUGGCACUGUUGUCCAGAUUAAGGCCAUAGAGUUGGACAUGGUCUUGCGUCAGCAGUGGCUUCACUCACACUCUCCUCCCAUUACCUUCACCAACACCAUGGGGGUGGCUCUGGUGUCUGUGGUGGCCAAUCUGUCUGUUAUUUACAUAUGUUGUCAUGCACUGUUCUCAUCCGCAAACAUCAAGAACAAAGACAACAAAUUGUCAAACAUUAUCAAGGGCUGUGACUCAUGUUCACCUAGUAGUGUCUUUUGUUGUCUGCAAUAGUUAGGGGCAAUGGCACAUGAUUGCCCUCUUGACAGGUGUGAGACAGGAAAACACUGUUACAGUAAGUGUAAUUUGUCACUCAAAGGGAAUGGCCAAUGACUGACACAUAGAAGGACGCAGGUCUGUUAUGUUGUUAUUUGAUAUGUUAGUGAAAAAGAACUGGGAACCAACUAACCUAAAUGUUUCUCUUUCACUAAAGGCUAUAAAGAUAGCUGUUACACUAUUAGAAUCCAAUUAACAAUGAAGCUGUAGCUAUAUCUGAAAAUAUUUUUUAAAAAAAUGAGUAAUUAAUGUUGUCCAUGCACUAAAGAAGCACUAGGCCUACAUAUUAAGGGUGAAAUAUAUUUUCCUGUAUUUUAAUAAAGAAUAUUUAU